AUGAUCAUCCACAGCACCGGAACUCUGCCGAUUUUCAACGGAACCGUGACCGAUUACCUGCGAACAAAACCGUCCUACUCGUCGACAGAUCCAGCCUACAUUGACGUGGUCACAGGCAACUCAAUCAGCUACUCCGAGGUCUGGAAACUGGCCGACCGACUCAGCUCCGCCCUGUACAACGACUACGGACUCACCGACGCCAAACCAGACGAGAAUGUGGGCCCUGUCGUCAUGCUACAUGCAGUCAAUUCGCCGCUACUGGCGUCUGUCCACUACGCUUUACUGGAUCUGGGCGUAACAAUCACCCCCGCAGCUGCCACCUACGAGGCGGGCGAUCUCGCGCACCAAAUCAAGGUCUGCAGCCCGUCGCUGGUCAUCUGCAACCAGCAGUUCGAACCCAAGGUCAAAAGCGCCUCCAGCAACACCAAGCUCAUCUUCAUUGAAGAUCUGCUCAAAACCCAGUCGUCUGCCCCCUGGAAAAAGUUCACUACCUCCAACCCCAACCGGGUCGCCUACCUGGGCAUGUCCAGUGGCACCAGUGGACUCCCCAAGGCGGUCCAACAGACCCACAUCAACAUGUCGUCUUCCACCGAAGCCGUCAUCUCCUCCCAGACCAUAUUCAGCGCCCGAAAAAACGUGACCGCCGCAAUUGUGCCCAUGACUCACGUCUACGGACUCACCAAGUUUGUUUUCCACUCGGUCGCAGGCUCAAUGACCACCGUUGUGUUCCCCAAGUUCUCCCUGGUGGACCUGCUGGAGGCCCAGAUCAAGUACAAAAUCAACAUUCUGUAUCUGGUCCCUCCAGUGGUGUUGGCUCUGGCUAAGGACAGCCGUGUACAGCCCUACAUUAAGUCCAUUUGCGAACUCACCACUCUGAUCGCCACUGGAGCGGCUCCCCUUCCCCCUACUGCAGGAGACGCGCUUCUGGAGCGUCUUACGGGCAACAAAGAGGGCAACAGAGACAACGGAAUGGAUCCCUUGGUUCUCAUCCAGGGCUACGGACUCACAGAGACUCUCCAGGUGUCUGUUUUCAAGCCCGAAGAUCCCGAACGCGAUCUCAAGACCGUGGGAAAACUGCUUCCCAACACCGAGGUGCGAAUUGUGGGCGAAAAGGGCGAUGUUCCGCGUUCCAAAUGGUCGUUUGUGACUCCUCCAACCGGCGAAAUCUACAUCCGCGGUCCCCACGUGACUCCGGGUUACUUCAACAACGACUCGGCCAACUCUGAGUCGUUUGACGGCGAGUGGCUCAAGACCGGCGAUAUAGGAUACAUGGACCUGGAAGGACGACUCACCAUUGUGGACCGAAACAAGGAGAUGAUCAAGGUCAACGGACGUCAGGUGGCUCCGGCUGAGAUUGAAUCUGUGCUGCUGGGCCAUCCCAUGGUAAAGGAUGUCGCUGUCAUUGGAGUCACCAAUCCCGACCGAGGCACGGAGUCUGCUCGGGCGUUUCUUGUUACUGAAGCGCGAGCUCUCCCGGUGAUUAAGCAGUGGUUUGACCGUCGAGUUCCCUCGUACAAGCGUCUUUACGGAGGCAUUGUGGUGGUUGAUGCUAUCCCCAAGUCUGCCUCGGGCAAGAUUCUGCGACGGGUUUUGAGAGAGAGAAAGGGAGACAGCGUUUUUGGAGAGUAUGUUGAGGAGGUUGCUAAGCUGUAG